AUGCGCAUAGGAGAUAUUAAGGCGGAGGAGGAAUGGAAUGUGAUGGAAUUAGCAGAGGAUUUAGAAGAUGAAUGUGUGAGGGUCAUCAGUGAGGAGAUUGGUGUUGACGUUCGUGCGUGGCUAGAGCGGGAAGGACUCACUCCACGGAUUCGUGUCGCGGUGCCGGUAACUUCGCCGAUGGAGCGUGGCAGACUGUUCGACACGUUCCCGUUACCAAUCUCGACACCGUUCCCCUUCCAUCUCGACGCCCCAUUCUCACUUGCCCCUAAUAACCAUCGCCUACGAGACCCGGAGGAGGUUGUCGAGUCAGCAUCUCUCGACGAACUGCUCAUCGAAUGGAACAAGGCUAUAUUUUCGACGCUCCUUCCCGUUGCGUGGGUGGCAGUCCUCGAAAUUGUGGCUAUGCAGACCACCCACCCAAAUCUCGAGAAUUUCUUUGCUUUUUGGCCUUCCAUAUACGAUCUUCAUCUCGAGGGCUCGCUUUAUUGGACGACUAUAGCGGACACUACACUACGACGUAUUGUCUCAAACAACGCCACAGUGUGGCCCGCCUUCUCCCCCGAUGCGGACUUCUGUUUAACUUUCACGGCUCUCGAAGGGAGCACACUCGUCGCUCCGAUUGGCCAGUACGAUGACCUUUUGACAAUUUUCACUCUUUGCGGAAUCCAAAUCGUCCUCGCAUCUGCCGAUGUAGCAAUGGUGAUGGAACAGGACUCACUUUCGAGAUGGCUGAUGAGCCCCGAUACGGUACACAAAGCACUACUGUCAAAAGUAGAUUUACUUGAGAACUUCGACUCCGACGAUCGGGGGUCUGUACUUGCGUACUUGGUCCAAAGCGGCACGCUCGAGACGAUUAUUGGUCUUCCCCUUGUACCCUGCUCCAACGGCGAUUUCCUAUCACCACGCGCGAUCAUAGAAGCCGUCAGUCCUCCCAUUUGCACCCUCUGCCUCACCGAACAGGAGUUCGAACUCUUCCCAAAUAUCGUCCAGGACAUAUACGUCAUAGUCGACAAUCUCCCUUCGUCGUUCCGCCGCUCUGAUCCAAGCGGUGUCGACCUCAGGCCUCUCCAACCAGAAGACAUCCAAAUGUAUAUCCAGACGACUCUUACAGGGCUCAGUGGACUAUCCGCCGACUCCGAACGAUGCGUCCACGCUUGGGUAUGGUCGCAGAAGAUGUGGGAGUGGGCUAUCGAGUGGGAGCGUGGGGACGCUCUAUUCGACAUCGUUGGGGGUUCGUGCAUAUUCCCGGCAGCACACGGGUCGUUUUGCGUUCCCAAGGAUGGACUGCUUUACUUGCCUGGAAUCUCGUUUGAGGCAGAGGCUGCCCUUUUCUUAUAUGGGGUACCUGUCUUUCUGUCUUCACUCUCCGAAGAAGUCUCGUCGUUCCUCAGGGCGAGAGGGUGCCUUCGUGCGCUUGAAAACGUCAAUUGGAUUCUGGAGGUCAUGGCGGCGUCUACCAAACCUGUAAUGGGUGUCGAGUAUAUGGCCGAACUUCGCCGAACGCUCGCAAGGGCGGUCCACCAUGUCAACCUCAGUACGAACCAGAACCGUCUCCUACGUAGCCUCCCUAUCUUCCCAAUCGUUACACCCAACUCUACCGAGGCCGAGUUAGGAUCCAUUCCUGAAGACAGCACCAUCAAGCUCAUUCGUAUCGACUAUUAUGCGGACGACGAUCUCGCACCCUCCGUGAAAGCCACCCUUUGUCGACUUCCGCUGUUUAUCUUACCUAAAAUCCGCACCAUCACCUACGUCGUUGACGACGGUAUCGCCCCACGGCUCGUUCAGGCUCUCGAACCGAGCCUUCGUACCUUGAACUUCCAAGAUCUCGCCCAACUCGCCGUCGAAUACUUUCCCCAACAGCCCCGAGAGCUACAGAAGCUUAUUCUCGAUCAAGUUCAGCACAGGAGAGUCCUCUUCUCCGCCGACUUUCUUCAGCAGUUGGCAUCUUCUGCCUUCCUCACCGUAGGAGACAAUUCUCUUCGAGCUCCCGCGCGCGUCGUCCACCCUGAUUCGGACUUUGCUCGUACCGUUCUUCACCAAAAUCAUCACCAAUAUCCGCGCAUUUCUGACGAUCUAGAUCGCGCGAUCAUCGACACUCUCGGAGAUAUGGGCAUGCUCGCCGUCCAAUCUGGUCCUCUCGACGAGCCGUACAUCGAGGAAGAGUCCGACGACGGCGGCGCGCUUCCUACUGUACCAAUGGCGGAAAAACUCACCACCAGGAUUUCGAACGCACUUCGGCAAUACAGCAUCGAACAAACCAUCACGGAGUUCCUUGCCAACGCCAUCGAUGCUGGGGCUCGAAAACUCGAUAUCCUCAUCGACGAAACCACUCAGUACCACUUAUCGCGACCCGAGUCGAAAGAAUUUCCACCGGCGAUGACGCAGCUUCAAGCUGGCGCGGGGUUGAUCAUACACAAUAAUGCCGUGUUUACGAUGGAGGAUUUCGAAGGGAUUCAGAAGAUUGGUGAGGGUAGUAAGCGGUGGCAGGCGGGGAAGAUAGGGCGGUUUGGCCUGGGAGCAUUAGUGGCCUUCCAUUAUACCGAGGUUGUGAUGGUGAUCUCCGGCGAAUAUGUACUCUUCCUGGACCCGUCGAAGAAGUACGUCUCCAAGUCCCUCAACAAGACGACGCGGAUGAUGAAGAUCAAGGGCCUUCGUCGAUCACCUAUGAGGUAUCUGGAACGCUUUCAUGGGCUGUUCGGGUUCUCAGCCGAUCACGACGUGUAUCCCCAGACAAUCUUCUGGUUGCCCUUCCGCAACGUCGAGCAAGCCAAUGCAAGUGAAAUAUCGAAGAUACCCAUAGCUCUAGCUGAUGCCUUGGAGCAAGUAAGGCAUUACUACGAGAUCUCACAGGAGUCGACCCUAUUCGUCCCGAUUGAGGCUCUUUCAGGCCAAUAUCGCGAGGCCAGUAGUCAUAUCGAGGAGUUAUGGUCGGUCAAAGCGGAACGUAAACACACCAAGAAGGACGGUGUGACGCAUGGUCGAUUGGUUGUCCAUUCGUCCCUUCGUCACGCAGAUACAUGGCUCACGGUCUCGAGGGCCCUCCCCAAGGCCGACUUCCCCGCAGAAUUCCAUUCCCUCUUCGCCAAGCACCUCCUUCCCGAAACGUUGACCGUCGCCCUGGCUGCGAAUCAUAAUUCCAUACUAUCUCGCUCAAAGCUAUUUUGCUCCCUUCCGCUCCCCAUCACGACCCAGUUCCCCGUUCAUGUUCACGCUUCAUUCAUCCUCGCAGACGACCGACGCAGCAUUCGAUUCGACAGCGGAAUAUCCAACGGCGAGUCCGAGUUCAACAGGUGGCUUUUAUCCGAGGCCGUCCCCGACCUAUAUCUCUCUCUCCUAGAGUCGUGGCCAAGUUCCUUGCAGGAAACGAAGCUGUGGCCAAACCCUUCGGAAUGCGUUGAUCCCUUGGCUAAGACCAUGGCUCUCGCGCUAUAUAAAGCCUUGGACGCAUCUCGUGCCCGUGUCUGCGAGACUGUUACGAACGUUCGCGUCCCUCCGUCCGAUGCAGUUCUUCUUCGGCAUGUAUCCCCAAAGGUCGCGAAGGUGCUACUCAUGCUCUUCCCUCCAAAACUCGUUCAACUUCCCUCUGCAUGGCGAACAAUUACGUUCAAGUCUAUCCCUAGCAUCGACCCAACCUUCCUGCGUCAAGCGAUCAGUACACCCUCGACAGCACGGUUUCUCUCACUCUGGGAUCUAGGCAAGGUCACCCCAAGCGACGUAGCGGCGCUACUCCAAUAUUUUUCCAUCAAGGACGUUUUUCACUUAUUGGUCGAUCUUCCGCUCCUUCCCCUCGCGAACCAAACCCUUGGCAUCUUUGUAACUCGGACUUCAAAUUAUCGACACUACAUUCUACGCGGUAGUCAAUCCGUCGCCGUCGAUCUCUUCCCGAAGAGCACCAGUCUCUUUGUUCUGGGCGACAUGGAGGGGUUUGACGCCACCGCAUUGCUCGGCAAAGGCUUGAACGUUGAUCCUCUAUCGGACGAACUGCUCGCCAGCCUCAUCAAGGAGCGAAUUUCCGUUUACGAAGAAGACAAAGUUCUCUCAGAAAGGGACUCUCAAUGGACGCAGUUACUCUGGAAGCAUAUUUCCAAGGUCGACAGCGGCUCCCUCGUCUCGCUCAUUCGAGAUGUUCCUCUCGUCGCCGCGUCUGGUCAUGACAGGGUUGUCCACAUAUCUCUGUUGAGAUGUCGCGACGGAACUGUUCUACCGUUUCCUGACAAUCUCCGAAACCGUGACACCGUCGCAGCUGCCUUGAAGCACCUAGGUGCGCUGAUUGUCGGGAGAGCGUCUUUACCCCCGCGAUUACGGGACGAGCUGCCAUUCAUGCAUUUCAACCUCUACACACUACUCCGUUUCUUCUCCCACAAAUCGGCCGCUGGGCUUGAGGAGGAAUUCGCUGGGUUAGCGAGAGAUGAAUGGAAUGCCUUAGCAGCGCAUCUGAGAGAUGUGCUGUUCGGAGCAGAGCUUUCUCGCCAACAGCGCGAUCUGGCUCGUCUUCUUCCUAUCUGGCCAGGCAUCGAAUCAUCUGCAGAGGACGGGCAGGGUCGGGAAGUGCUACGCUCGACGAGAUCAUCACACAUGCUCCCAGCGGUCAUCCCGCUAGAUGUCGCAUUGCCGUUCUUGACCAGCACUGUGAAUUAUAUCGGGUUCAAUACCACGGUGCUUAACGUGCUCGACGUCAAGUCUCUAACAUGGGCGCAGUUUCGAGAGAUGCUAGUGUUUGAACAGACCCUUAGUCACGAUGACAUCAAUCUCUACCGUCCUCUACUCCGAAUCUUGGUUCGACACGUAUCAGACAAUCGGCCCAUCCCUGUCCCAAACACCAACGGCGAUAUGCGAUACAGCGACAAGUUAUAUUGCACGUUCGUCGAUCUCUUCCGUAUGGCGCUCGAAACAAGACCGGAGCUAUUCAUACAUCCAUCACUACGCGCUGAAUUUGAACAUCCCCUUUACCCUUUCGGCACACGAGCAGCCGUCACCUUCGGGACCUUCAAAGUCUGCAUACAGGCUAUCCACGACACGCCACCGGGCCACGUCGGACUUUAUUCAUUGCUCGAGAGAGCCAUGGAGGCAUAUCGCUGGUACAACGACGAUGGAGUCCUACAGAAAUCGAUCGUGGCCGAUGAAGUGGACAAUAUCCGGUUCGUACCUCGGUCGCUCAACAGGAAGCGUUCACCGGAUUUUCCGCUGGUUGAAUUCGUGAAGGAGUUACCGGAGGUUGUGGCACCACGGGAGUUGUUGUUAGACGCAUUCGAGGCGGUUGCCUGGACGCAACGAGCACUAUUCCGAGAAGAUUUGCGGCCAACGGAUAUAUUAUUGUUGAGACAUAAGGGCUUAGGAGUGCCAAAGAUUGACGAAGUUGCCGAACAUCUCCAUGUUCUCGCGACUGAAGUCGCCCCUGCCCAUCCAUUCCAUACCGACGUCAUCUCAGACCUCAGAGCGGCAUACAAGUACCUCAUGGAUCAAGAAACGAAUCCCGGAGAACAGCACCCGCUUCACGAGUACAUGGAUGAGCCUUUGUUUCUCAACGUCGAUGACCCCACUCGAGAAUGGACGUUCUCCUCUGCAUUCGACAUACUCAUCAACGCCCCCGAAGGCGGGGAUUUGGCUCCCGCUCGUCGAUUUUUGCAUCCUUACGAAGACCUUCUUCUUCGGGUUGGUACGAAGCGGCUCAAGCCACCAACUUCAUCGCGUGUCCCCGGUUCCUCUGCUACUUCAAACCUGGAACACGGUGUGGGCGGCAUGUCGAUGCAAUUCAUUGAGAUGAGGCGCAAUAAUUAUUUCACAGAUGUUGUGCUCAUCGACAACGAAGGGCGAGAGCAUGGAGCGCACAGGAUGGUAUUGGCUUGUCACGGCGAUCAUUUGAAAGCGAUGUUCCUCAGAGAGAAUGGUAUGAUGGAAGGGAGGACGGAUGCGCAUCCUGGUGAUCCGGUGAAGGUUGAUUUGAGUGACAUGUAUUCCGGUGCAUGUGUGGAGAGUGCACUCGACUAUUUCUACACCGGCCAACUCUCUGAUGAGGUGCAAGACGUUCAGGUCUUGGCAGACUUGCUGGAUUUAUCCGAGUACUGGAACGUUCCCCAUCUCCAAGCGCUCACGGAAAUGCGAAUGAUAAGCCAUAUAACGCCUUGGACUGUUGAUGCGUUCUAUGACCACGCAGAUACUCAUCGAGCCAAGACGCUCAUGGAGGCAUGCACCGAGUACAAGGAGGUUAAUGCGGAGAUAUUGAGUACACUGGAACCACCACGUUCGCAAGUCUUGACUCAAGUGAAGCGCGAGUCGCAGGAGUAG